AUGGAACUCUGCUUUCCUAAGCUAGGUCAUGCACUUGAUAUGACGCUAGAAAUUGCACAGUCUUGCAAUUUUUUUAUGGAAUUUAUUGGGCCACAACUUCCUGCAUUUCCUGUGCCAUCCGAGUUCGACUCCCCUACCGAGUACUUACGCCAUCUCACCAUGAAAGGUAUACAAAAACGUUACUCAACUAUGACUGAAGAAAUUACCCAGAGAACUGAAUACGAACUUGAGCAUAUUAUAAACAUGGAUUUUGGUGGUUAUUUUCUCAUUAUUUGGGACAUGAUUCAAUACGCAAAAAGAAAUAAGAUUCCUGUGGGGCCUGGCAGGGGCUCUGUUGCUGGUUCUAUAGUGGCAUACGCACUUGAAAUUACCUCUAUAGACCCACUCAAGUACGGACUACUUUUUGAACGAUUUCUUAACCCAGAAAGAAUUAGUAUGCCUGAUAUAGACAUAGAUUUCUGCGCAGAGCAGCGACAACGCGUUAUUAACUAUAUAAAAGAACGCUACGGGCACGACCAUUGUGGACAAAUUAUUACUUUUUCUUCUCUUAAACCAAAGGGGGCUAUUCGAGACGUUGGGCGUGCAUUAAAAAUACCUCUUGGAGAAGUAGAUGAGAUAGCUCAAUUAUUGCCCGAGAAAUGCACAAGCAUUCAAGAAGCUAAAGCAACCGAGCCUAAACUAAAAAAUUUUAAUUCUAACACCCAUGCACAGCUCUUUGAGAUAACCGAAAAAAUCUUAGGACUGAAGCGCCAUGCAUCCAUACAUGCAGCAGGUGUAGUUAUUGGUGCAUAUAAGCUAACAAAAUUUACCCCGCUGUAUAAAGAUCGUAAAACCAACUCUGUGGCCACCCAGUACUCUAUGAGUCAUCUAGAAGACAGCGGGCUAGUUAAAAUGGAUAUUUUAGGACUAAAAGCAAUGACUGUUAUAAGUCACACCGAAAGACUUAUACAAGAAAAAAAUCCUCAUUUUUCUAUGGAGACAAUAGAGCGAGAUGACUCCGAGGUUUUUACAAUGCUUAAAGAAGGUAGGAGUGAUGCGGUGUUCCAGUUUGAAAGUGAGGGGAUGCAAAGGAUCUUGCGUGCGGUACAACCCGAUCGCAUUGAAGAGCUUAUAGCACUAAAUGCGUUGUAUAGACCUGGACCUAUAAAGCUUAUUGAAAAAUACACCAACAUAAAGCACCAAAAAGAAAGACCUGAAUACAUACACCCCUUGAUGAUGCCUAUACUGGAGGAAACCUAUGGUGUUAUAGUGUACCAAGAGCAGGUGCUCAAAAUAGCACAAACUAUAGCAGGGUUUUCACUUGCAAAAGCAGACAUACUUCGUAAAGCCAUGGGAAAAAAACAAAGAGAUGUUAUGGAAAAAAUGAAGGUUGAAUUUAUACAAGGGGCUAUGGAAAGGGGGACAAGCAAGGAGAAAACAGAAGAAAUUUUUACUCUGCUUGAGCCAUUUGCUGAAUAUGGAUUUAACAAAUCACACGCUACCGCGUAUGCCGAGCUUGCGUACCAAACCGCCUACCUCAAAUGUAAAUACCCACUUGAAUACAUGUCUGCAACAUUAUUUUCUGAGCAAAAUAAAACAGAUGAGCUGUCUAAAUCUCUUGAGCUUUGCAAGGCCAUGGGGAUCUCCGUUCUUUCGCCCGACAUCAACAGCAGCGAGUACGCCUUUACUAUUGAAGGCUCUGCGCUUAGAUACGGCCUAUGUGCAAUCAAAAACCUCAGUGACGAAAUAAAGCGUCAUAUACCUCAAGAAAGACACAGAAAUGGUGUGUAUAGUAGUAUUUUUAAUUUUCUUGAACGCCUUCCCGACAAAAACUCCAUAAAAAAAGCCGUUGAAAUUGGUAUUCCUUGUGGUUUCUUUGAUCCUUUUUUUGAGAACAGAGAACAACUAUACGCAAACCGAUUAGCACUUAUUGAUGAAGGAAAAACACGGCAAGAAUCAAAACGAACACAGCAAAGCUUGCUUUUUACCCAUAUGGGUAGCGAUAAAGAUAUACACACUCUUCUUACACAAAAUGAAGAAAAAGAAGAAAUUAUGUUGCAACUAGAAAGAGAAUACUUAAACUACUAUUUUACAUAUCACCCUCUACAAAAAAUACAAAGGGAGUGGAAGCUGCAUACUUCAAUUAAUCUUGCGUAUCUUGAUACAUAUUCUCAACACUCAAAGACUUCAAAUAAUUACCACUAUCUUAUCGCAUACACAGACUCUGUAAAAGUAUACUACCAGCACAACAGGAACUCCAAAAACAGUAAUAAAGGGAGUGAAGAACAAAGCAUGCAAAGGGUUCUAAAGGGUAUCUUGCAUGACUACAAUGGCUCCAUAUCCUUUGUGUGCUACACUAACCCGGAAGAUGAUACAAACAUUCCCGAACGUAGAGCCUGCGGGUUUUAUGGGAAGGUAGAAAAUUGGAAAAAUGAGUGUUUACUUAGAGUGCAUAAAAUAAUGACAAUAGAAGAAUUAAUACAAGCACAGAAAAAUGACCCAAAACCAGUAAAAGGGCUAAGCGAUGGUAUAUACAGAAAUCUUACAAUAUAUGUUUCUAGCAAAGCAGAUGCUAAGGAUUUACAAAACCUCAAAACUACAUUGAUGGAAUAUAUUGGAAAAGCACAGGUACGUAUAUUCCUUGAACAUGAAGACAAAAGCCGUACAGCGCUUAUACCUCCUUCUGGAUUUACCGUAGAUGCUAAUAACGAAGUUCUCCUGUCUACGCUGAACGAUAACCCUAUGAUCACCCAGAUACACCUCUAA